CAAACAUAAACUCAACAUAACAUAAGAAUUAUCAUGAUUCUAACUCUAAAUAUCAAAACUUAACAAAUUAUCCAAUGGCAUCAUCAUGUGUAGGAACUUUAUCCUCCCCCAACCCCUCUCUAUUUUUCUCACAAACCAAACAUAUGGCAUCAACAAGGAGGAGAGUUAUAAAAGCAUCUGUCACAGAGAAACUUGGCAUCAAGAUUGAGAAGAACCCUCCUGAGUCCAAGCUCACUCAACUUGGUGUUAGACAAUGGCCCAAAUGGGGUUGCCCUCCAAGCAAUUUUCCAUGGACAUAUGAUGCAACAGAAACAUGCUAUCUUCUUGAAGGAAAAGUGAAGGUCACUCCUAGUGGAGCUAAUGAGGCUGUUGAAAUUGCUGCUGGUGACUUGGUUGUGUUUCCUAAAGGAAUGAGUUGCACUUGGGAUGUUUCUGUUGGUGUUGAUAAGCAUUAUAGAUUUGAAUAAUAUGAAGAUGGAAAAUGACUUUGAUAAUUAUUAUUGUUACUAUUAUUGAAUAAAUAAGCUAGAUUUUAUUUGUACUAAUGUUUUGUAAAAUUAAACAAAGUUUAGUUAUGUGAUUGUAACUCUUUUACGCCUAUUUUUAAGGCCAUAAAAAUUGAUUUCCGAUAUAAAUGGAGGCACAGUUGUUAAUGGAUAAGUUUGUGUGGUGGUUUUAUA